UGUAAACCUACCUGGUGUCACAUUGACAGGCACGUUGGGGCCGGACACAUCUCCACCGGGGCCAGACACAUCUCCACCGGGGCCGGACACAUCUCCACCGGGGCCGGACACAUCUCCACCGGGGCCGGACACAUCUGCACCGGGGCCGGACACAUCUGCACCGGGGCCGGACACAUCUCCACCGGGGCCGGACACAUCUCCACCGGGGCCGGACACAUCUCCACCGGGGCCGGACACAUCUCCACCGGGGCCGGACACAUCUCCACCGGGGCCGGACACAUCUCCACCGGGGCCGGACACAUCUCCACCGGGGCCGGACACAUCUCCACCGGGGCCGGACACAUCUCCACCGGGGCCGGACACAUCUCCACCGGGGCCGGACACAUCUCCACCGGGGCCGGACACAUCUCCACCGGGGCCGGACACAUCUCCACCGGGGCCGGACACAUCUCCACCGGGGCCGGACACAUCUCCACCGGGGCCGGACACAUCUCCACCGGGGCCGGACACAUCUCCACCGGGGCCGGACACAUCUCCACCGGGGCCGGACACAUCUCCACCGGGGCCGGACACAUCUCCACCGGGGCCGGACACAUCUCCACCGGGGCCGGACACAUCUCCACCGGGGCCGGACACAUCUCCACCGGGGCCGGACACAUCUCCACCGGGGCCGGACACAUCUCCACCGGGGCCGGACACAUCUCCACCGGGGCCGGACACAUCACCGGGGCCGGACACAUCUCCGGGGUCAGAGGGCAUAGAUCUUACUAUAGCUAUGCAU